AUGCGGUCACAGUGGCCUUUAACAUGGCCCCCUUCAGGAAAGCUGUGCCUUCUUGCUUACGCACAAGCAUGCAGUCAAUUCCUUGGGCAUCCCCUCGGUCAUUGGGCGUGCAAAGCAGCGGUGGACAACCUACCCAGGGGCACCCUUCCCAGCAUCUUCACUACUCGUGGACAUACCGCAACCAACAAUUACAUCCAAGUUCCAGUCCAGUACACGGAUUUUGAACCCGAGCCGAGCUGUAUGGUCACUAUCAAUUUGGACGGCCAUUCGCAGAAUGAUCAAUUCGUGUUCGUUCCGUGGGAUGAGAUUAGGGAGAUGGCCCAGGUUAUUUUAGAUACUUGCGUUGACUAUUUGAACCGUGGCGGGUUCAUAACCUACGGUGUCGGGAGGACACUCGAGUCCCUGAUCCAUCCUACGACCUAUGGGGGAGACAACGCCGAAUUUCCUACACCGGCCGGGGUCUGGCAGCCGGACGGGACGGUCGAAUUUGUCGCAAUACCGUCCAUUCCUGCCACCAAUGAAUACAAUAUACCCUAUUACAUGACGAUCACAGUGUCAGCUCCUUCGUACCGGCUGCAUCCUGAGGUAACUGACUAUGCCAUUUCCUUGGCGGUGAUGGGAGAUGUAGAGAAUCAAUUCCUAAGAUCCAGGACCACAACGAUUCAGAACAGCCUCGCGAGGAUACUCAAGGGACUAGAAUCCAACCAGAACUCAUUGAUAGGUCAAGACCACCCACGAUGGUGGCAAUACCCCGUAGAACCUCCGACUCCGAUCCCCGUCAACGUGAAAUACGCCUGUGAUGAAACACUUGGGAGUCCCAGUACCGCCAAUUGCGAGGCUGUAUUGUAUGAAUUUGUUCAGUCUGGCGAUGUAAUACUUGAUCCCGCGUCGGGACCAAUCAUCAAAGUAACAGGGAAUUGCGCCAUAGCUGUAGGAGCAAACGAAAGGCAUUCCACAACGUGGGAUAUGCUGCGAAGUGUUGCCGAGACUUUGAUCGCAACGUGUAUAAGCAGCCCCGGCUCGGGCACUCUUGGCGGUACAGCCAUCAGUCAGACGAUUCGUAGUCGAAGGAGGAGCCAAUACCUCGGCAGGAGACAGACAGGGAUGCUGCAGAUGCGACAUGCUCGUGGGGAGUGGUGGCGAGCCAUCAAGGAGACGUCCGACAAUGUCCGGCCAGGUCUGCGCCUUUCCGCCCGCCAGAACGAAUCCUAG